UCUCUUCUGCAAUGGACACACCAGUGAUAUAUGCUGAUUUAAACCUGUCCAGGACCUCAAGGCUUGAAAAUUCAUCACGCUCAUUUCCUCCUCAAGAUAUCUGUCAGGGCCCAUCUUGCCAUCAGUUGGCACUGAAACUUGGCUGUGCUGUGAUACUUCUUCUGGUCUUGAGUGUGAUUGGGUUGAGUGUUUCAGUGGUAGUCUUAAUACAAAAAUCAUCAAUAGAAAAAUGCAUUGUGGAUAUUCAAGAAAACAGGACUGAAACAACAGAGAGAUCACCUCUGGUAGAGUGUCCCCCAGAUUGGCAUAGUCUCCACAAUAAAUGUUUAGGAGUUUUUCAUUCCACUUCCAAAUCUUGGAAUGACAGCAGAAGUGACUGCUCUGAGAAAGAAUCCAGUUUGCUGCUCAUUCAAGACCAGGAAGAACUGGUUUCAUUGUGGGGACUCAUACAGGGCUUACAAAAGAAUGACAUACAUCUAUUUUGGAUUGGACUACAUUAUACAUUACCAGAGGAGAACUGGAAGUGGAUAAAUGGCUCUGUUUUUAAUUCUGAUAUAUUAAAAAUUACUGGUACUCCUGAAGAAAACAAAUGUGUUGUCAUCUCAAAGCAAAAGAUGGUUUCUGAGACUUGUGAUGGAGAAAAUAAAUGGAUCUGCCAAAAGGAACUAAAGCCUGUCAAAUGAAAAUGUCACCUGACUCUUGACUGUGAAUCCUACUGCAUUUUCUUUACCUUCCACUAUGGCUCUCUGACCCUUCAGUUGUGUACAAUGUUCUUACUGCUCAGUGUACAUUAGUGCACAAAGUACACAGACGAUGGUAAUUCUAACACUGUGUGAAUCUUGCAGAAGACAAUGUCCAAUCUCUUUAUUCUAUAAGUUAAGAAACAGACAUCAGUGUGAGAUAGGAAAAGGUAGAGAGGCCAAGGAGAAAAACAAAUAAUAUGUGUCAAUAAAGCUUCUUACAUUGUGUUGUAUUCAUUCCUGCUCAUAUAGCUCUGACCUCACAGAGAGACCAUACAGGGAACUUUAAACUCUGUGUUCCUAUACUGUACCCUCACAAAAAUCCCCAUAGCAAAUUGUGUACAUCCCUAAGUGGUACUGAACCUUAAAGGAAAACAUAUUUUGAUGUCUCAUGGACCACAUAAUGUCAUUAACUAACACCAAAUGUGCUUCUGUAGCGUGACAGUGAAUAAUUACAUGCCCUCUAGGUUGGUCCUGUCACUGAUUGAAGUCACACAGGAUAAGAGCAGGAACCAUCAGGAAAGAUCAUGAGUACAGCUAAAAAAAAAGUGAUUGAUUCACCAAGUGGUCAGCACAAAGUAGUUGAUUAGCCUAAUGAACCAUUCAAAGAAAUUCAGUAUGGACCAGAAUCUCAAGAAUAUAGCGCAAACCUUACUGUGGUAGAAUAGUGCGUAUCUUUCAAGCCCACACUCUACCCCUUUGAGUGUGUGCUUUUUUAAA